AUGGCGGACAACCGCCAACAACACCACCCGCACAUUUUGAGGCGUGGAUUUCCAUUUCCCACCCCCCUUUCUUUUCGCCCCCGCCGCGCAGUGUUCAUGCCUUCGAAGCAACGCUGCCUGAAAAACAAAGGAACGAAACGAAAUGCUCGUGUCCCGGUCGGCGCUAGAACGGGGGAAGCCCCCGCCGCGGCGCAAGUCAUGCGCUGCUUGCAUCCGGGCGAAACGGCGCUGCAACCUCGCACAACCGACAUGCUCAAGAUGCUCUCAUCGAAUGGUUCAGCGAGAAGCGGCACGGUAGCCGAACAGACAGUACAGACUGGAAACUGUCUCCCGAAUCUUGACAUAUUUCCGCGAGUCGACUAUGAUUUUGACAUGGGGGCAUUGGACUUUCUGUUGGACACCCCAGCUAUUCCCAACCAGCUCAACCGAUCCCCCCUAGCCACCACUACCACGAUCGACCAUUUCCCCAGCCUCCCCCUGAGUCCACUGACACCCAGGCCCCUCUUCCCGGCCAUGGCUUCAAAAACACCCGGCUUCUCUGGCUUCCACAUCAGCUACCAGCGCCUGCAAUACGUGCUCGAGGCGCUCAUGAACGCGCCCAAGCAGAUGGCUCACGAGAACGCGCUGCCCUGGUGUCACCCGCAGCUAUACCGCGACGCAACACCCCGCGCCAUGCAGGACGCGCAGGCCUGUAGUGCACUCUACGCCGCGCGGAACCGCGCCAACGCCGCCGCCGUGCGCCGGAUCGUCGAGGCCCGCGUCGCGGACCUCAUCGCCACCCUACCACCCCUCCCCCCUGCCACAGACACAACAGAACCAACACCACCACCACCACCACCACCGGAGACAGCGACCCAAAUCCCCACGGCCGCGCCCAGCCCGCUCGAGACGCUCGCGCGCGCCCACGCCCUCAUCCUGUACCAGGUCAUGCAACUCUUCGACGGCGACCCGGCCGCGCGCGCCGCCGCCGAAAACACCAUGCCGUACCUGGACGUCAUGGUCAAGGCGCUGGCACCGAUCGCCGCCGAGGACCAGCCCGGGCCGUUUCUGCCGGAGGAGGCCCCAAGACGGUGGUGGUGGGGGUGGGGGUGGGCGGCCGCAGCUGCCGCUGUAUCCGCUGGCGGGCACGCGCGCGUUCUGGGAGGAGUGGAUUGUGCGGGAGUCGGCGAGGCGGACGGUGUUGUUGAUGAAGGUGCUGUGGUUGUUGUAUCGGUUGUUGCGGACGGCGGGACCGAUCUAUUGUGA